CUGCGAACGUUUAUCGCAGCAGAAGGACCAGCAGUAGCAGCAGCAAGCGAGCGAGCGAUCGAGCGACCGUCGACUCGACGAACUGCACUUGUUCUGUGUGUGUUUAUACCAUCGUUAGAAGUGCGUAGAGUAGGUUGGUGUCUGCCGUCCGCUGUUCGCCGUUUUGCCCGUCGUCACACGCACGGGAAAAUUAUUAGCUGUGUUCGCGGGUGUGAGUGUGUCUGUGUGUGCGGGUGCUGCUGCUUUUUCGUGACAUAUUACGCUGGGGCAGUGCAUCGGCGUGCGUCGGAAGAUAAUAGAUACACACACACAUGCGAAACGCACAACACCGACCGGGAAAUGAUCGACCGUGCGAUCACUAGCACGCUGUGAGAAAGAGUGAGAGAGCGAGUGAGUGCAAUGUAGUGUGUGUUUGUGUGUGCAGCGUGUUGAAGCAACGAAAAGCAGAGGAAGAAGUAAAGAAAAACGAGAGAAAAAACGAGCAGGAAGAAGCAAAAUAGUAAUAAUAGAUGAUUGUGUACAGCCGCUGCUCCUGCUAGGGCAUUGUGGUGGGCGAAUUAACGAAGGGAAGGGAAGCGAUCCUAUCACACCUUCCCCACCCGCCGCGGUGGACGGCCGCGAUCGCCGGUCCGGUUUGUUUUUUGCAGCGAAAAACAGUGUUAACGAUCGCUUCCUUUGUUGUUGUUGUUGGCGGUGUGCGUGUUUUUGCGCAAAAGAAAACAACAAAAAAGUCGUGUGUUGUGUGCGUGCGUGAGUAGUGUGUGAAAAGCCGCAGCCAGUGCCAGUGUAUUGUUUGGUAAGCAAACGGGUGGUGUUGAUCGUUUAACAGAAGAAAGCAAAGAAAAAACACGGUCCGCGGGCGGGGGGCGACACCCGGCGGCGGUCGUCACACUAAUGUUUCGCCGCCGACGACGUCGUUGGGGCGAGAUCGUGUCGUAGGAUCGCGGAAAACCACGCGGCAACAUAGUAUCCUUCCUUUAAGUGUACGCGCGUGCGUGUGUGUGUGCGUGUUUGGUUGUUGCAAGUGAGCAGCAGCAGGGUGUGCAAUCCUUCGCGCGAUCACGAUUGGAGCACUCGUGGCCAAACGGCGUCGGCGCGUACUACUGUCCGGCAAGGAGGAGAGCUGCGUUACGAUGAACAAGCUGGAGUACUCGCGGCGCAAUGGCACGCAAAAGAUUCGAAUUACCAUUAUGGGCGCCCGUAAUCUGGCCCGGAAGGAGAUGUUCCGACUGCCCGAUCCGUUCGCCAAAAUUCUCGUGGAAGGCACGACCCAGGAGUACACGACGGAGAUCUGCAAAGCGUCGCUGGACCCGCGCUGGAACUCGCACUACGAUCUGUUCCUCGGCAAGAACGAUAGCAUCCUCAUCACCAUCUACAACCACCGGAAGAUGCCGAAGCGGCAAGCCUUCUUGGGUUGUGUGCGGAUAGCCGCGUCCAGCAUCCAGCUGCUCCGCGAUACGGGUUAUCAACGGCUCGAUCUGGUGAAACGGUCGCAGGAUGAUCCGGAUCCGGUCAAGGGACAGAUUAUUGUGUCGCUACUGUCGCGGGACAGUGCGACCGGCGGUACGCCGCUGGCAAUCGUCAGCCCGGCUGGGGACGUGCGCGUCCCGGAGGAUGACGAUGCCGCGGACGAGUCAAUGAUUGUCGAGCAGCCGCAGCAACAGCAGCAGCCCCCACCACAGCAGCACCAACUGCCCCGGGGCUGGGAGGAACGGUCGGCACAGAAUGGGCGUACGUACUACGUGAACCACUACACCAAGACGACCCAGUGGUCGCGGCCAACGGAACCGGCUGGUCCGCCCGUUCGCCAGUCGGGCAACAACAAUGCGGCGAACAGCAGCACACCCCUCACCGCCAACGGGAACGUUAAUGGUGGAGGCGUUCCACACCCGCAGCAGCAGCAGCACAUUCUCGGCAGUCCAACGAGCGCCGCGAACGGUGUCGGCGAGGAGUCCGGCUGCCCCACGAUACCGGCCGGUCCGUCCAAGUCCGCCACCAACCACAGCAUCAAUAGUAUUCAGUCGAACGAUUCGGGCAGCCGGCGGCACUCCGCCGAGAUACUGGUCAGCUCGAACAAUAAGGAAAACUGCAUCCAGCAGCACCCGUCGUCGCAGCAGCAGCAUCAUAACGGGAAGGAGCAGCGAACGGGAAAGGAUGUGGAAAACGGUGGCAGGGGUGAUGCGUUGGUGAAUGGCAAUGCGGGUGGUGGUGGUGGUGGUACACCCGCUCACAAUCGGCACCGGAAUGAGGCGAAAAGCCCCGUCCGCAUACAGGACGAAUCGCUGCUGAUCACACCGAGCUCGUCGAAUACGAGUCCGCUGAGCGAAAUCAAUAGCCCGAUAACGUCGCCCAAGCAGCAGCAGCAGCAGCAGCAGGAUGUGUCACCGCGCUCUGGAAAUGGCGGACGGGAACCCCAACAAGUGUCCGGUAUGACGAAUGCCAUCGGGACGCUCUCGAUCGAUGCACCACCCGCCCGGUCCGGCACGAAUGCAACGAGCGGCGGCGGUGGUGGCGGACAGCAGUGUGUGGUGAUGGUGAACGGUUCCGGUGCGGGUGUGACGAACUACAGCAGCCCGAACCAUCAGCAUCAGCGCAGCACGGGUGAUGCAGGACAGCCUGCUGGUCAUCCGGCCGCGGCAAAACCGACGGUGCCUUCCUACUUGCCGCUGAGUACGAGCAAUGGCACCACGAAUGGGAAUGCUGGCACCACGGGCAGCGCGAACUCGUCGCCCCACAAUGGCGUCAGCAAUCACAGCAGCAGCGCUUCCGCUCCCGACACUGUCGGUGGUGGUGGUGGGGGAGGCGGUGGUGGAGGAGGAGGACGGUCGCAGCACCAUCAUGGGACACCGACCACCGGUGGGGAAAGUGGUGGCCAUCGGGAAGGGUCGGCGUCGCGGUACCAUCGCACCCGAUCGGGAAGGCACGCGGAAGAGCCGGGCCGGCGGCGCACUUCCCGCGACAGGCCACCGCGGCCACUAAUGGGUGGUGGAAGUAUGGCUCCACCUCCAAACGCCCGGCCCGCUCUAGUGCCCUUCAUCCGACCGGCGGUCGAUCUUCCCCAUGGUUAUGAAAUUCGCACCACGCAACAGGGGCAGGUGUACUUCUACCACAUACCGACGAAGCAGUCCACCUGGCACGAUCCGCGGAUACCGCGCGAUUUCGACACGCAAAACCUAACGACGGAAACGCUCGGCCCGCUGCCGCACGGCUGGGAGCAGCGCAAAACGGCAUCCGGGCGGGUGUACUUCGUCGACCACAACAACCGUACGACCCAGUUCACCGACCCGCGGAUAAACAUGCACAUCCUGCAGAUGAUCCGGCGGCAGAACAGUGUGGCCGCUGCGGCGGCGGCGGCUGCUGCUGCCACCGGUGGCGGCGGCGUCGCAACGAACGGCUGCUCGUCCUCUCCACUGUCCGGUGCGGGACCGCAGGUUCCGAACGGUACCGGGGCGGCCGGCAGCGGUUCGAGCCGGUAUGCCGCCGCUGCCCUGGCCGAAGCGGUCAACCCAAUCGCCAAUGGUGUAAGUAGCCCGUGGCGGGCGUGUCGUUGUGUGGUGUGCAUAGACAUGCUGCACGGACCGAGAGGAGGCAGUGCAAUAGCGGCAACCGGCAGCAGCACCACCACCACCAACCAUGUGACCAACAACAUUCCCGAUCUGCCGCAGGGCCUGAUGGACAGUGCCGAUCUGCUGCCCAAGUACCGGAGCGAUCUGGUCGGCAAGAUACGGGCGCUCCGGCAGGAGCUGCAGCUGCUGCAGCCCCAGUCCGGCCACUGCCGGUUGGAGGUGUCUCGAAAUGAAAUUUUUGAGGAGAGCUAUAGACUGAUCAUGAAGAUGCGUCCCAAAGAUAUGCGCAAACGGUUGAUGGUAAAGUUCAAGGGCGAGGAGGGCCUGGACUAUGGUGGUGUCGCCCGCGAAUGGUUGUAUCUGCUGUCGCACGAAAUGCUCAACCCACAGUACGGGCUGUUCCAGUACAGCCGGGACGAUCACUACUCGCUGCAGAUUAAUCCCGAUUCGUCCAUUAAUCCGGAACAUUUGUCGUAUUUUCACUUUGUCGGGCGCAUUCUCGGCAUUGCCGUGUUCCACAAUCACGUGCUGGAUGGGGGCUUCACGCUGCCGUUCUACAAGCAGCUGCUCAACAAACCGAUCACGCUGUCCGACAUCGAGGACGUCGAUCCGGAUCUGCAUCGUAGUUUAACAUGGAUACUGGAAAACAACAUAACGGGCAUUAUCGAUUCAACGUUCAGCGUGGAAAACAACAGCUUCGGCGUGCUGAAGGUGCACGAGCUGAAACCGAACGGGGCCUCCAUCGCGGUGACCGAGGACAACAAGCGCGAGUACGUGAAGCUGUACGUCAACUAUCGGUUUAUGCGCGGUAUCGAACAGCAGUUUUUAGCUCUCUCGAAAGGAUUCGGCGAACUAAUCCUUAGCCAUCUGUUGCGACCGUUUGACGAGCGCGAGCUGGAGCUGCUGAUCAGCGGCAUUAGCAAGAUCGACGUGAACGACUGGAAGGCGAACACGCGGCUCAAGCAGUGUACGGCCGACACACCCCAGAUCGUGUGGUUCUGGCAGGUUAGUAGUACUGGUUUGCAGCUCUCGAUGAGUGAAGAUCGCUUGCAUGUAUUUAACUGGCUUCCCUUUGCUUCCUGUUUUCUUUGUCAGAUCGUGGAAUCGUACUCGCCGGAAAUGCGCGCCCAGUUGCUCCAGUUCGUGACCGGCUCGUGCCGCGUACCGCUCCAGGGCUUCCGGGCCCUCCAGGGCUCGACCGGUGCGGUCGGUCCGCGGCUCUUUACCAUCCACCUGACCGCGGACGUACCGCUGCAGAAUCUGCCGAAAGCGCACACCUGCUUUAACCGCCUCGACCUACCAAUGUACGACUCGUACCAGCUGAUGUACGACAAAUUGACGCAGGCCGUCGAAGAGACGUGCGGGUUCGCUGUCGAGUAGUGGGGGGGAAGAAGUUUUUUUUGUACGAAAAAAAGUGUAUCAUGCUACGGGUGUUUUUUAUUUUAUUUAAAUGAUGCUGCUUGGAAGGGAAAACGAUUUUUUGUUUUUACACAUUUUUUGCCAUCGCGAUUGUGCGAACUUUCUUGUUCUUGUCCACCACCACCUCCCUCCGGGUUGGUGGGAAGUGGGAAGUGCAAACACACGCUCGAAUGUGUUUGCUUUUAGUUUGUGUUGGAAUUAUGCCCGUUGCCGAUCCACGUGGUUCGCUCAACGUAGUAAAAACGAAACGAAACGGACUGAAUUGUUUUCCUUUCGGGGGUGCUUCGAGUGGAUUCGAACCCAGUUGGUGACAGUGGUAUGAAAGGAAAAUUAAUUUACCGUCUAUGAAUUGUGCAUAAGCUCCCCGCGAGCCUAUUACUUCUUUUGUGUUCAGCUCAGUCAAGGCGAACAGUUACAGUCAGUGUGAAUUACAAUUGAUCCGGUUUUGGAGAGGGAAGGGAAAAGUAAAUGAAUUGCCUCUAAAGUUAUUACAAGUAAACGAAGAGAAGAAGAAGAAGAGCUAGUAAAAAAGCAAUGAUAGAAAAGUGGAUAAAUUUUUGUAUUUGAAAAAAAAAACAAACAAAACAAAGAAAAGCGUUCAAUUAUGUAGAGUUGCACGUGAUCGAUUAAAAACGAGAAAUUGGAACGAAAUGGAAAAAGGAUGUUACAAUGUCGAAAGAGAGAGAGAAAACAGGAGAAAGCAGUAGUGCGGCAGGGGAGAAUGCAAAAAUAACGAGUGAUAUAAUUAUACACGUAUAAAUAUAUAUAAAUAUAAAUAUAAAUAUGUAACUGUAAAUGUUAUAAAUGUAUAAAACAAAGUAUAACAAAACAAACACAGCAAGAGAGGAACAGAAAGUGAAAGAGCAAUUAGCAAAGAAGAAGAGGGUAUGUGAAAUUGUGUGUAUGUAUAUAUGUAUUUGUAUUGUAUGUAAUGAUGGAGCAUCCCCAAAACAGGAAAAACGAUUGGAAAAAAGAGAAAAGGAAGAGGAGAGAGAGUGAGCAUUGGCAAGAUAUGUUAGAGUAGUUAAGAAAACCAACCGAAACACUACUCUCACCCUUUCCAAUCCGAUCGUAGGUCGGGGCGGGAUUUUAAAACGUGUCGAGAGGGAGGGGGUCUUGUUUUUAUUCGCAGACGUUGUGCUUCAAGCUUUAAUGUUAGAACUUCUGGUGAGAUUAGACAAAGAAAAAAGGUAACAAAACAAACAACACCUUGUGGCCAUGCCACCAACCUCCCUCCCCCCGGGGUAGAUGUGAGAAUGGGACUGUGGUGUUUGGAAAAGGAAAAAAGAAGAAGCAUGAUAAUGAUUGUAUUGCCAUGAAAGAUUUGAAUACACAUAUCGUACCCACUCGGGGGGCAGCACUGGGAGAAAAGAGACACCCCGCUGGCGGCUGCUGCCUGGGUUGCAUGAAGUUGUUUAUUUAUUUGUUUGUUUCAAUUUAUUAUUUUUGUUCGCCCUAUCUAUAUUCCAACAAAUUAGUUGUGUAGCUGGGCACAACACCCAACUGUUCAACCGCGAUAGUAAAUGAAAGGGGUUCAAACCUCGAAAAAGCAAUGCGAGACGCGCUUUUCAGCUCAGCUCAGCGAGGAACUCUGCGAGGAGGGAAUACGCAAACAUCUCCCUGCCCUCCCAAAAAGAUAUGCCAUUAUUUGUUGUUACAGUGUAAAUAUAUUGGUACAGAGCGAGAGAGAGAGAGAGAGUAUUAGGCAGACGUUAGUUAGGUGUGUAUCAGAACAUCGAAUCACCGUUAUCAAACGUAUAGCAUUACACAACACAUACAGCCCGAACUCAUUUAUUAAGAGCAUGCUAGCAUUUAGCUGUAGAGAACACUCCUGUCUUGCCUUUCCCGGGUUUUUUUUUUUCGAGGCAAUCGAUCGCGCCUCUCACAUCAUGUGGUAGUUGUUACACUUUUCGAAUCCAAGUCCAAUUUUAGCACACGUCUUUGCUGUUCGUAAAAGUGCUCAAACAACCUACCUAAAAGGGUGUGUGUUUAUAGGUAGAAGUACCCAACUCGGAGAAACACUAAAUCAAUAAAUAGCAAUUGCAAAUCAAACUAUGAAACAGUCUCUGUAGGGUGAAGGAAAUCAGCAAUCAAAUUUUAAAACCUUACUAGCGAAACAAACGAUUCAUAAAACAGUUCAAACACAAUAAUCGUAAAUACAGCAAACCAUUUUGAAACGAAAGCGAAUAGCAUAGGUAACAAAAAAAGGUAUUUAACGGAUGCAUAAUAACAUGCUAUAGCGCAAACAAUAGUGAACAAAACCAGCAAAAAGGGAUAGAACUAAAAAAUCAAAACAAAAUAAUAAUAAAAACACCACAACUAGAGAGCAGUUCGUGAUGGACAGGUAGUUAGUGAGGAAAAGAAAUAAACGAAUUACGAACAACAAAAGCAAAUAAUUCUCACAAACAUAGUAAUCAAACUCCAAAUCGGAAAACAUUAGCUAAUCAAAUGUGUAAAAAGAAAGGUGAAGUAAAAAGAAACGAAUUAAUCAAUUUUUAUAUAGACAAAACGAUGAGUGUGGAGAGUGCGCGUUAUAGCUAGCUAAAGAAUAAUAAGGUUUACACACGGGGAGGGGUUUCGUUUUGUGUUCAUCGAACCGUUUGCUUUCCCAUGUCCUUCCCAAAUUUCGCUGUUUCGAUGCGAGUUCCGGUUGUCAUUCGGAAUUUUAAAAAAAUGGAAAAAAAAACUAUCGAAUAGAAAAGGAUGGGAAAAACAGCUCCAAGCGCUGCACUGAACCGUUCAACAAUUGGCAAUUGGGGCUUCACACGAUCGGGGACCGAUCAAUGAUCAUAUCAUUCGAUGUAAUGUAUGGCCGUGAGAUAAAACAAAAGAAAAACAAUCGUCCCACUCCCUUUUCGUUUGCGAACAACGGUAGGAUUAGGAUGGAGGAUUGAGGCGCAAAAAAAAACUUCACAACAACAUGACAAUAGCAUGCAAAAAAGGGUGCGGUAAGAUUGGGGGAGAAUGGCAGGAAAAUGAUGAGAUGGAGGAAGUAGUGGGGAAGGAGGGAGUGUAUAUUAUUUGUAUAAUAAAAAAACAAACAAAUCGUGGUUAUUCAGUUCAAAGUAAA